CUACCCCAAACAAAUAUAAUUGUACUGCUAGUUAUUACCAAUAGCUUUUAUAAACAAUUUAGAUGGACUGCUUUCAGCGACAGUUUUAAGAAAUAGCUACUAACAUUCCAUUAUUAAAAAAAGCUACAGAUACUUAAAGUCACACACACAUAAUUAUCAAAAGAAGCUGCAUUUACUCCCAUUGAAAAGGGACAUUAACCUUUAUUUUGGAUGGAAGGGAAAUCAAUCUCACGCCCAAAAAAAAAAAAACUUGCCCAGCUCCCCAUAUACAGAAAAUAUUAUUUUGUUCACAUUGAUUGUGAAAAUAUUAUGUAUUAUGGUUCACAAAUGUAACAAUUGCACUUAAUCUACUUGCAUUAAAUCUGUCACAUCAUUAAUUACUUUCUCCCAAUCCAGCUACAUAGGCCUUGACCAGCUUAAUUUGGACAGAAGAAAAAGUGUGGCAUGCAUUUAGUUAAUGGAUGGUGAUGGACUGAUGGUGUUGCAGUAAGUCAAUCCUUUCCCAUUUGCAACCGGCAGUGGUUCAUUUACGUUGUUGCCAAGCUGUAUCUUGAUUGUCCCUUCCUCACUCCAACGACUUAAUCAAGAGACUUGCCUACCAAACAGUACUAGUGAUAUAUACAUUCCCAAAUUGAAUACAGAGGAGUGUCUUAUGGGCUAGAUUUAUUCUGAAAAAAAAACGUUUUGAAACUUUAAUCUGACAAAUUGUUGUGUGUUUUGGAAGAUAAAAUAAAUGGAAUUGAGGGGUUUAUGGCGAUGGGUAUUGCUAGUUUUGGUAUGGAUUCAUGAAAAUGGAUGUUGUGGUUGGUGGGAGCAAGAAAGGAUUGCCCUCUUGCAACUCAAGGCUUCCAUCAACUACCCAAAUGGAACUUCUUUGCCAUCUUGGAAGGACGCAGUGGGUAUAGAGAGUGGCUGUUGUGAUUGGGAAGGAGUUGAGUGCAACAUCACCACAGGGCAUGUGGUUAAACUUCUUCUUAAUUUAACAAGGGAUUAUAGUUUAGGAGAUUGGUAUUUCAAUGCCUCUCUCUUUCUUCCCUUCAAACAGCUUAGAAUUCUUGAUUUGAUGGAUAAUUCGCUUGUUGGUUGGGUUGCAAAUGAAGGUUUUGAAAGAUUAAAUGGGUUGGAUAAGCUGGAGGUCCUUACCCUGGAUCAAAAUUUUUACAAUAACAGCGUCCUACCAUCUCUUGGGGUGCUAUCAUCCCUUAAAAUUCUUCAUUUGAGGAACAACCUUUUGAAAGGAUCAAUUAAUGUUCAAGACUUGUGUGGUAUGAGCAACUUGGAGGAGCUGGAUUUGACAUAUAACAUGAUUCAAAGCUUCAGGACAAGAAGAGGUAGAAAGUGCUUAGGCAAGCUGCAGGUUCUAGUCUUGAAAGGUCACAAUUUUUCUGCAAGUGUUUUGCAGUCACUGGGAGCAUUUCCAUGUAUUAAGACUUUAGUAAUUAGUUUGAAGGGAUUGAUUAUGGAAAAAGAUUUGGAUGGCUUGGACAACUUGGAGCAAUUGGUUUUGGAUUUUUCAUCCAUCGACCGUAGCUUUCUUCAAAAUGUUAGAAUGAUGACUUCUCUGACAUUUUUAUCGUUGCAUAGUUGUGGACUUGCUGGCAGCUUACCAACUCAAGGCUGGUGCGACCUUAAGAACCUGAAAGCGCUGGAUCUCAGUGAAAAUGAUCUUGAGGGGAUGCUUCCUUCAUGUUUAGGAAACUUGACAUCUCUUCUACUAUUGGAUCUCUCUUUGAACCAUUUUUCUGGAAAUGUGGCUCAAUCUCCUGUUACCAGUCUCAUGUCACUUGAAUACCUUUCCCUUUCAUAUAACCACUUUGAGGUUCCAUUCUCCGUUGCCUCAUCUUUCAACCAUUCAAAGCUCAAGAUCAUUCUAAGUGAUAGUAACAUCCUAAAUGUUGAAAACAAGUUCCAGUCACGGAUUCCAAGGUUCCAACUGAAGGUUUUCAGCUGUUCAAAUUGUAGCCUCAAAACAUUUCCUGAUUUUCUUUAUCACCAAAAUGACCUGAGAGUGAUUGAUCUGUCCUAUAACAACUUCGUGGGGAAGUUCCCUACCUGGUUGUUAGUGAACAAUACGAGAUUGGAAGUACUUAGGCUACGAAGUAACAAUUUCACAGGGCCUUUUCAAUUGCUUUCUUAUCCUAAUCCACUUAUUUCAAGAUUGGAUGUUUCAGAUAAUUGCAUGAGCAGUCAAAUUCCAAAGAAUUUAAAUGUAAUGUUUCCAAAUUUGCAGUCUCUCAACAUGUCCAGAAAUAUGUUCCAAGGUAAUAUUCCUUCAUCCCUGGGUGAUCUUAGCUCUUUAUGGGUUCUAGAUUUAUCCAACAAUAACCUGUCAGGAGAAACACCAGAACAUAUUGCACGGGGUUGCUACUCCUUACGACUCCUCAAACUAUCAAACAAUCAUUUGCAAGGUCAAAUAUUUCCAAAAUCCUUCAACCUGACUAUGUUGUUUCUGUUAUUAUUGGACGGUAAUCACUUUGUCGGAAAGAUACCUCAUAGCUUGUCUAACGCCACCAAUUUGAGGGCGUUGGAUAUCAGUAGUAACCAUUUGUCUGGCAUGCUCCCGCAUUGGAUGGGGAAUAUGUCAAGUUUGAUAGAAAUUAAUAUGGCAAAAAAUCAGCUUGAAGGUCCUAUUCCAACUGAGUUUUGCAAACUUGAAUUGCUUAGGUUUGUGGACCUUUCUGAGAAUAAUCUGUCUGGAUCUAUUCCAUCCUGUUUUUCUCCACCAAAGCUAGCAUAUGUCCAUCUGAAUAAAAAUGGAUUAAGUGGUCCAUGGACUCGUGCUUUUAACAGCUCUACCUUGGUAACAUUAGACCUUGGAGAUAACAACUUAACUGGUACAAUUCCGGAAUGGAUUGGCAGCCUUUAUGCAUUAAGCAUUCUGAUAUUGAAAGCUAAUCAUUUUGAAGGUGAGGUCCCCUCUAAGUUAUGCAACUUGAACCAAGUCAGUCUGGUCGAUCUUUCUCAGAAUUAUCUAUCUGGUUCUAUACCACAUUGCCUAAUUAACAUUACUUUUAAAGCAAGUGGUAGCAAAUCUUUUGUAGGAGGCCCUAGUAUAUCGACUCCUAAUUCAAGGUCAUUAGCUUUGUCUAUCAUGGGGAUGACAUAUACGUGGAUGACAGAUUUGCCUAUGGCGCUCGAGUAUGAAUCUAAUUAUGAAAAUCAUUCAUAUAUUGCUGUCAAAGAACGGGUGGAAUUUACAACAAAGAGCAUCUCCUACUUGUACGAGGGCAUUGUCCUAAAUUUAAUGUCGGGACUUGAUUUCUCUUGCAACCAGUUGACAGGUAAAAUCCCACAGGAACUCGGGUACUUAACGGACAUUCAUACAUUAAACUUGUCCCAUAACAAUCUGGUAGGAUCAAUCCCGGCAACAUUCUCCGGCCUAAGAAAUAUAGAGAGUUUAGAUCUUUCCUGUAACAACUUGAAUGGGAGUAUCCCUUCUCAGCUGACUGAUCUAACCUCUCUGAGCUUCUUCAGUGUGGCAUACAACAACUUAUCAGGUAAAACACCAGAUAGGAAGGAUCAAUUUGCAACCUUCAACAAAAGCAGCUAUGAAGGAAAUCCUUAUCUAUGUGGACCUCCACUGCAUGAAAAUUGCCCCAACACUGGAUCGCCAUCAACAAAGCGAAAUGCUUCAGAGGAUGAGGAGAAUGAUGAUGGUUUCAUGGACAUGGGUAUUUUUUAUGUGACUUUUUCAGCGUCCUAUAUAACUGUGUUGUUAGGUAUUGCAGCUGUUUUGUGUAUUAAUCCUUAUUGGAGAAGGGUAUGGUUCGACUUCAUUGAAGUGUGUAUAACCACUUUCUACUAUUUUGUAGUUGACUGCUUUCAUAAGCUGCUCAAUUGCAGGAAUGUGUAACUCCUUAUCGGACAAUUCUGCUGCCUCCACAAGUCUCCACAUAUCUAUGUGUCAAUAUAAGUUUGAUUUAAUGUAUUAUGUUUCCUUUACCCAA